CUGCCAUCCAGUGCCCUGCUCACUCUGCCUCUUCCCUUUUCAGAGAGCAGAGCUGUGGCAGGCGAGAGCGUGGCCAGUGACAUCAUGACAAGUGAGGUGAUUGAAGAUGAGAACCAGUUUUAUUCGAAGGCCAGGACCUACUGGAAGCGGAUCCCGCCCACGGUGGACGGCAUGCUUGGGGGGUAUGGCCACAUCUCCAACACCGACCUCAACAGCUCCCGGAAGUUUCUGCAGAGGUUUUUAAGGGAAGGCCCAAACAAGACAGGGACUUCCUGUGCCCUGGACUGUGGCGCUGGCAUCGGGAGGAUCACCAAGCGCCUGCUCCUGCCGCUCUUCAAGGUGGUGGACAUGGUGGACGUGACGGAGGAUUUUCUGGCCCAAGCUAAGAUCUACCUGGGGGAAGAGGGCAAGAGGGUGAGGAACUACUUCUGCUGUGGGCUGCAGGACUUCAGCCCAGAGCCCAGCUCCUACGAUGUGAUCUGGAUCCAGUGGGUGAUAGGCCACCUGACGGAUCAGCAUCUGGCUGAUUUUCUGCGACGCUGCAAGCGGGGCCUGCGCCCCAAUGGCAUCAUUGUCAUCAAAGACAACAUGGCCCAGGAGGGUGUGAUCCUGGACGAUGUAGACAGCAGCGUGUGCCGUGACCUCGAGGUGGUACGCCGCAUCAUCCGCAGCGCGGGUCUCAGCCUGCUGGCUGAGGAGCGCCAGGAGAACCUGCCGGAUGAGAUCUACCACGUCUACAGCUUUGCCCUGAGAUGAAGCCAGGGCCAGAGCUGGGGCCGGCAGCUGGCAGGCCACUAGACACACCUGGCAUCCACCGUUAACUCCUGUGGGAAGGGACAAGCUCCCGGAGAGGUGUGCACUGGAUUAGGGCAGUACAGCCCUGUCACUCUAAGGCACCCUGGCAACUCCCCACAAGGCAUAUGGGAGGCG